AUGGAGAAGAGAGCAAUAAAACUCCCUCACCCCCUCGGCAUUCUGCGAGGCCAUAUCGCCCGCGCAAACCCCCAAACAAAAGCCAUUCUCGAAGCCAUCUCCUCCGACCCUUCCACAACAGGAUCCAUCCUGCCUGAAGAAGUCUUAGUCGUCUUCACAAGUCCGACAGAUCACUACAUCACGCCGAACUUCUAUAUUGAAUCAAAGCCCGCUACUGGGAAGGUCGCGCCAACGUGGAAUUACGCCGCUGUUCAAGUCUACGGCCGCGCGACCAUAUAUCAUUCCAGAGACACGUCGACGGGGGAAUAUCUGCAUCGACAAUUAUCGGAUCUGGCUGUUCUGGGUGAAGAGGGUGUUAUGGGGUAUGGGAAUGAAAAUGGAACUGGAAAUGGAAAAGGGGCUAAGAAGACGCCGUGGAAGAUCAAUGAUGCUCCGGUGGAGUAUAUCGAGACUCUGAAGAAGAAUAUUGUUGGGGUGAGGAUUGAGAUUACGCGGAUUGAGGGCCGGUUCAAGGUUAGUCAGGAACGACCGGUUAAGGAUCGUGGUGGGGUUAUUGAGGGACUUCAGGAGAUGGAAACUGAGAGGGCGAGGAAUAUGGCGGAUUAUGUGAAGAGUGGUGUGCUUCCGGAGUGA